AUGCACGGAAAGCUAGAAUUAACAGCUUUCAACAAACAACCAGUAUCUUUCAAUGAGUCGCAUAACGAAAAACGUCAUCCAAAUGCACUUAUGAGUUCCUUUGGGAUUCGGCAAUCCAGUCCCAGAAGAGUCAGAGUUUACAAUACCUGCUAUUCUGAAACAAAACGUGGUAAAUAUAAUUGUCCUGUGUAUCGUCGUUCGGAAAUAACGUCAUCGAAGCCUUCAAAAUGUUUUGAUUCAAAGGAUGCUUUUUUCAAGAACAUGCGGUCCACAGGUGUUACUAUCAUUGACCUAGCCAAUAGUGCUCAGUGUUUGAUCGUCAAUUCAUUACAGUCUGCUUAUACUCAGGGAACAACGGAAUCACUUUCAAUGAAGUCCUUUCAAAAUCUUCAAUGA